AUGACAUCGGCUGACUUCCUGCUGUCGUCGCGUAACAGAAAGACAGCCAGAGAGGCGGACCAGGAUAAUAACGGCGAGUGGGCAAAGUGGAAAGAAGAGCAGGUGGCGGAAGAGGAGGAGGAGGAGGAGGAAGAAGAGGAGGAAAAGGAGAACGCGUCGAGGAAGCCGGAGUCGAGACGGGAUUGCGAACGGACGGCGACGACGACGACGACGCGACAGCGGUCGUUACGACGGCACGACGCCGGGCCCGACGUGGACCGCGUGUCCCCCUUGCAUUACCUGGGCCCGGUGCGCACCGUCCACGGCGGCGCCCCGCCGUCGCUGCCGUCCAAUUUGUUGCUCAUAGGACUGGCACUCUGUUGUCUCGCCCUGCCAGCGGUGCAGCCGCGUUUCAGUGGCCACCAUCAAACGUGUCCCGGCUGCCCGCAUCAGCAGCCGCAGCCGCAGCCGCAUCAUCAUCAUCAUCAUCAUCACGUGCAUCACCACGAAGGCCCAGCGAGGGGCGGCCUAUUCAAGGACACUCCCACGCCUAGCCCGGACACUAUCAGGCUCGAGGCGAUCAAGCUUCAGAUCCUGCACAAACUCGGCUUGAGAGCUCGCCCGGACGUUAACAGGACGUUGGCCACCGUGCCCCGGCACUUGGCCCUGGAGACUCUUUAUCGGGCGGAGGCGCAAUCGCUACCGCGUUACUCCGACCGGUCGAGAGUCGACUACGAGAGUGACUAUUCGGGCGAGUUCCUCUACGGCGACGAGUACUCGUACAGGAACCUCGAUCAGGAGACCAUCACUACCGAGGGUAACGCCAGGACCACCGCCAACUCUUAUCAGGACUACGACGACGCUCAGGAGGAGUUGGACGACUUCUACGCGAGAACCUCGGAGAUCAUAACCUUUGCCGAACCCGGGCACACAUUGAACGGUCAGCCAUUGUUAGAAUUCCCGAUGUCGAGCGGCGAACCGGCAUUGGAACCUCUGAGAAUCAAAAGGGCGACUCUGUGGGCGAGGGUCGAGCUCAAGCAUGCUCAUCAUUAUCAUCGUCACAGCCAAAUAAAUCAAAGGAAUAUCACUCUGUGGGUGUUCAGAGUGCACUGUGGUAAUACAACGCAUCUCCGAGGCAAGGAACUCGGACGACACCUAGAGAUGGUGACAUCUCUCGUGGUGAACGUCGGCCAGCUCGGCUGGCAGAAAUUCGAUGUGACGAAGGUCGUCAGCGGAUGGUACACGAACUACACGACAGAUAAACUGACGUUGCUCGUCGACUGCAGCGGGUGCGGCUCGUACGUCCACGUAUCGACCUUCGACGGGCACUCGCCGCACGUGAUCGAAUCAUCCUUAAAUCCGAAAGGCGAUCACGAUCCGGAUAGGCCGUUUCUAGUCGUACGUACAGAUCCAGCGGCCGUGAAGCGUGUUAGAAGACGAGCGAUCGAGUGCAACGGCGCGAUAAAAGGUCAGUGUUGCAAGCAGAGAUUCUACGUUAGCUUCUCUCAGCUUGGAUGGGAUGAUUGGAUUAUCGCUCCUCAGGGAUAUUACGCCAAUUACUGCAGAGGAGACUGCGCGGCUGGUCACAGGACGCCGGACACGUUUCUUAAUUAUUACACCCACGUGAUCGAGGAAUACCGGAAGAUGGAUCGACUCGCCGGCAUGCAACCGUGUUGCGCGCCCCUCAAAUUCUCGCCUAUGUCGCUCAUCUACUACGGCCCGGACUCGAACAUUAUCAAAAGAGAUCUGCCGAAGAUGGUGGUGGAUGAGUGCGGUUGUCCUUAAAGACGCCGGGAGACGGAAGAGCACGAUCAGAAGAGAUCGUGUUGCCUUGUAAAAAAAAAAAAGAAUAAUAAUCGCGGAAUGAUAAGCCGCGAACACGGACUCGGUCCGAAAACCGUCCGAAGUCUGCGAGAGUUGUCUCGCGUUAAAAACGGAAAACCCCGGUGAGGGAUGAACCGGAAGCCGAUCCAACGCCGAGCGAACGGUACUCGAACGGUAAUCCGCGCGAGGGUGGUUUCCCGAAAGCGAUCACUCGAGGGUAGACCGUCAUGCAAAGAUAGUCAAAAGAGCUAGGUAAUUUUUGCUAGAUUGUUCGCCAUGCCAAUACGAUUUCGAACACGAUCCGAACGCGUGACGAUAAAAUAAAAAUUGGCCUUUCUAUAUACAUACAAAGUAUAGAACGGUCGAGGAUAGAGUAGGAUCUUACCCGUUGGUAAUUUGUAAAAAAAAAAAAGAGAGAAGAAGAGACACGGCGUCUCGGUUUCAAAGCGUCGUUUACGAUAUAUACAUACAUACAUAAUAUAUUUAUCUAUAUUUCUUCGAUUUAUUUGUACGUGCGCAAUCGUAAAAGGCAGAGAAGAUACGUGAGAAAAUAUUUAGAGUCGGUAUUCUUACCCAAGAGCUUAGUCUUUCUUUAUUAGUUGCGCGAUGA